AUGUCGAGUUCAUCCCCACAGCAGACGGGAUCAUCUGUCUCUGCGUUCUUGUCGACACUUAUCAUUAACUUGAUUGUGUUUUGCGUUUUUGUCAUCAUAUUUGUGGUGGCGAAGAGGAAGUAUCACCGGGUUUAUGAGCCGCGCUCGGUCGUGGACACGGUUCCGGAGAAUCUCCGGACGGAGAAGCAGCCUAAAGGGGCAUUUUCGUGGUUGACGAUGCUUUUGAAGCAGCCUACACCUUACACAAUCGAAAAAGUGGGUGUGGAUGGAUACUUUUUCUUGAGAUACUUACAGAUGUUUGUGGUUGUUGGUCUCAUUUCAGGUGUCUUCUUGUGGCCGAUACUUUUCUCGGUAGAUGCAACUGGAGGUGGUUCGAGCAAUGGCUUUGAUAUCAUCUCUUACUCGCAUAACACACACAAGUGGAGGACGUUCGCACACCUCUUUUGUUCGUGGGUGUUCUUUGGAUGCGUGAUGUUCGUCAUCUACAGGGAGUUGGUGUUCUACACGAGCUUUAGGCAUGCACUUCAGACGUCGCCUUUGUACUCUUCGUUGCCAUAUUCAAGAACGCUCAUGGUUGAUAACGUGCCUGAUGAUUUACUCGACACGGCAGCAAUCAGCAAGCUUUUCCCGGCAGCUAACAAAGUGUACAUCCCACGGGAGACGAAAAAGUUGCAGAAGAUGUUGAAGAAGAGAGCAAAACUCGCAGGCAAGAUCGAGGGAGGAGUGUCUAAGGUGUUGUGCAAGGCAGUGAAGCUCAGAAACAAGGCUGAGAAGAAGCACAAGCCGAUCCCAGAGCCUGCAGACGACAUUCAUGCGUAUUUCAAGGACAAGAAGUUGCCUACUUACCGGGACAAGCCGAUUAUCGGCAAGAAAAAGCAGCUUUUGACCGAUGGAUUCGAGGAACUCGGCGACUACAACCAGAAAGUGGCAAAAUUGCAGUCGGAGUACCCUGAUGGGGAGCACAAGAAGCAGGGAGUGGUGUUUAUCCAGUUCCCUAACCAUAUGGAGCUGCAAAGGGCAUAUCAAGCAGUUCCAUUCUGCGACCAGCUCAAGAGAAGCCGGCGGUUCACCGGAAUGGCUCCGGAAGACGUGAUUUGGGAAAAUGUCGAUGUUGGAUUUGCCGUUAGGAACUCAAAGAAAACCGCUGCCAGCUCCCUUCUUACUGCAACUAUCAUCUACUGGUCGAUUCCAGUGGCUGUGGUUGGCUGUAUCUCCAAUAUCAACUACUUGACUUCGAAAGUGCACUUCCUCCGUUUCAUCAACAACAUGCCAAAGAAACUCAUGGGUAUCAUCACAGGAAUCUUGCCAACUGUGGCCCUUGCCGUGUUGAUGUCGCUCUUGCCUCCAUUCAUCCGUAAAAUGGGAAAAGUUGGUGGUUGCUUGACAGUCCAGCAGGUCGAGAGAUGGACCCAGCAGUGGUAUUUUGCAUUCCAGGUGGUUCAGGUUUUCAUCGUGACCACUUUGGCAUCUGCCGCCUCGUCUGUCGUGCCCAAAAUCCUCAAUGACCCAUCUUCGGCCAUGAGCAUGUUGGCCCAGUACCUUCCUCCAGCAUCCAACUUCUACAUCUGUUAUAUGCUCUUGCAAGGACUCUCGAUCUCGUCCGGUGCCUUGGCCCAGCUCGUUGGUCUCAUUCUCUCAUUUGUGCUCGGCCCAUUGUUGGAUAAAACACCAAGGAAGAAGUGGAACCGGUUCAACAACUUGAGUGCUCCUUCCUGGGGAACGACGUACGCCAACUACGGGCUUUUCACUGUUAUCCUGCUCUGCUACGGUGUCAUUUCACCAAUCAUCAUUGCAUUUGUCGUCAUCGCCUACGCCAUGAUCUAUGUGGCCUUCCUCUACAACUUGACCUACGUCAAUGACCACUCGUACGAUGCCAGGGGUCGGAACUACCCCUUGGCUUUGUUCGAGGUCUUUGUUGGCCUCUACCUUGCGGAAAUUUGCCUCACUGGUCUUUUCGUCAUGGCCAAAAACUGGCCCGCCGUUAUUCUCGAGGCCAUCUUCAUUGGUUUUACAGUCUGCGUGCACUUGUACUUCCGGUAUCUCUUUGAAAAGGUCAUCGACACCGUUCCUAUGGGUGCCAUCAGAGAGGUGGAUCUGGGUGAAUCCGGUGCUUACCCGGUCAAGGAUCUUGGAAGAAAGCAGAUCAAGAUUGAAGGCCAGAACUUCUUCGUGGAUGCAGACUCGCCAAACGAGAGAAAACUCUCCGAUGACGAGAAAAAGAGCACAAACUCUGCCGGCUCGUCACCAACCGCUGGAAACCCUUUCAACGAGUCUCUCAACAACGAUGUUGAAACCUCUGCCGGUGCUGCAGCCAAGAAAAUCUUGUCUCCAACAUCUUUCAAGGGUCGCGUCAAGGACUUUUUCCAUCCUCGGCGCAGCCUCGGCUUCCAGUAUGCCCGCUCCAUCUUGCCGGCCCGCUGGAUGGAGGCCUGCUCCAAGGAAAUUGCCGAUAAUGUUGACUAUGGUACUCCUGAAGUUGUUGCCGAUGAGCCCCAGCUUUGGAUCCCAAGGGACUCCUACGGGCUUUCGACGCAUUUCAUUGAAAAUGCCGACGGCAAGUUUUCUCUUUCGGAUGAGAAUGCCAUUGUUGACCAGAAGGCCAAGGCCCAGUACACGGGACUUCCUCCGGACUACGAGCCAAAGCUUGCAUACUGA